AUGGCUCAACCUUGCCUUCGCCGUUUCCCUCAGUACAGCCGUAACAACGUUCUCGUUUUGCUCAGCGUUGCGACGUUGCUUACAGGCUUGGUUAAUAUAGUUGCCUGGAUCUGCGUGCUUGUGCUGGAUUUGAAACUUGCAGGAUCUGCAGAUCCAGCCGUCUUUUGCAUACUCGUCGCCAAUGUCGUCCCCGCGGUCACAUUCAGCCUUGUCGCCUAUUACAUGUCCUCCAAGUCCCUAGGCUACCUUGUGGCUGUUGGUGGCUUGACUAGUACCUACGCCUUCCUCAUGGGUAUCUUGUGUUGGUAUCUUGGAGGGCCCGAAGGACAGCCCAACCAUGCCAAUAUGCGCGGCCUGGUCGCCUCUGUACCUAAAGCUUCUGCAUUUGUGCACGCACUCAUCAUUUCAUUCCUAAGGGAAAAAUUAGAUGACGAUCCGAUUGACGAUGAAGCCGUCCGAGGAAUGACUCAUGUGCUCUUGGGCAUAUCCCUCCUGAUGUUGAUCUGGGACAUCGCCCUUUUCUUUUUCUACGUGGGCCUCCUACCAAUGUCCUAG